GCUACAAAAAUUAACUUUAGCUCUAAUAACCCAUAUAAGAAUGAUAUAAAAGAAGAAAAAGUACAAAAACUAAAAACUACAGAAAUCAGCUUUAGUUCUAAUAAUCUAUACAAAAAUGAUAUAGAAGAA